UGGAUAACUGCACUGUUAAUACCAAUACCUGUCAUCUUCCAGACCUCUCAGUUAACAUUUGGUGAAACAACCACAGUUUACCAUUGCUUUUGUGAUCACUUGGCAGUUGUGCAAGCAGCAUGUUCAGAUUUCAGUGCCUCUUUACAAACUUUCUUGGGGUUUUCCAUUGCCAUGACUGUUUCAGUAGUGCCAUUUAUGCUUGUCACUCUAUCAUAUGUUCACAUCAUUAUUUCCAUAUUAAAAAUCAACUCUAAAGUAGGUCGCAGGAAGGCAUUUUCUACUUGCACUUCCCAUUUGAUCAUGGUUGGCACUUACUAUUCAUCCAUUGCCGUGGCAUAUAUUUCCUACAGAACAGACAUGCCUAUUGAUAUCCAUGUAAUGAGCAAUGUUGUUUUUGCUAUUUUAACUCCUUUGUUAAAUCCACUCAUUUAUGCUUUGCGAAACAAGGAAGUAAAACAUGCAGUAAAAAAGAUUGUUUUUCUGAAGAUCUUUCCUCCUUCUAAAAACUGUAAUCUCACAGGGAAAUAUUAG